GUUUCAGUUAUUAUUUGUCCAGUUUCUGUGUUAUGUCGAAUCGGAUGAACGCAGCCGUACAGAUUUCGGGUUUAAGGACACCAACACGUUCUGAAGAUGCAUCGCCACAACAGCCACGUCGUCUUGAAGUGGUUUCAAAACAAGCAACCAAGGUUACUGCUAUCUCUACUCGCUUGGAAUGGAAGAUUGACCAGUUCGAGAAGCUGAUGAAAUUGUUCAAAAAUGGGCAUAAUUUAAUCAGUAAACAAUUUGGCUGUCCUCAAGCUCCUACAGUUACUUGGGAACUGCAUGUUUACCCUAAUGGGAAACGAGAGGAAGAUGUUGGCAAUGUUUCUUUCUUUUUGCGACAAGUGGGCUUGCAGCGUGGUGAAGAUCCCAUAAUGACUGAAUUCCAAAUUUAUGCGUUGGAUGCGAAUUCCUUAAGGGUAAGCGUGUGUAGAGAUACCAAAGAUUUUACCAAUCAACAAGGUCGCGGAAAGUUUCAGGUUUCGCGAGAUAAAAUGAUGGCAGCAUUGAAGGCGGACGGAGCUUUACUUCUCAUUUGCGAGGUGGAAUAUUUUCCACCUGGAUCAAAAAUUAGCGUUGAGCAAGCAGUGGAAGCAGAACCUUUGGAUGAUUUUGAUGAAAAGAAUGAGGUUUCGAUACGGGAUUCUCUUAAAGACAUGCUGGACAGUGAGCUCUUUGCAGAUUGUACUAUAAAGGUUGGUAAUAAGACGCUUAAAGCUCACCGGUGUAUAUUGGGACAACACAGCGAAGUAUUUCGUUCAAUGUUUGCCCAGGAAUCAAUGUUGGAAGCUCAAAAAGGAAUUAUUGAUAUUCAGGAUUCAAGGUUUGAGCCUGUGCGGGCUAUGGUAGACUACAUAUACACAGGUUCGACGGAUCUUGUGGAAGGCUAUGCAGAAGAUGUUUUGGCCAUAGCUGAUAAAUAUGCCAUUCUGCCUCUUAAAGAGCAGUGCGAGCGAUAUCUCUCAACCACUAUUAACUGUAAAAAUGUUGCCUCUACUGCAGUGUUUGCUGAUACUUAUUCAGCUUCAAUACUUAAACAAGCAUGCACAAAAUAUAUGUCACUGCAUCACCGAGAUGUUCUACGUUCCGCAGAAUGGAAGCAGAUGAAGAGAGAAAGAUCAGAGUUGGCAAAUGAUCUUUUGGAAUCUGUGUUGGUCGGUGAUGGUGCUGCUAAUUCUGGAGAUUUUAGUUUUAACGGUAGCGACGAAAGCAGUUCCGCGGGUUCUGGUAAUGUUUUGAUAAAUGAUAGCCGGCCACCACUUCGAAAGCGUGUGCGCCGAGCUGCUAUCAGAUAAAGUUUCAUUGAGAGAGCAUUAGACGUUUUUUAUUGUUUACUGAUUAUUGAUUGAAGGAAGGGUUAUAUUUUGGAUGAUAACAACCAUGCACUGUUCUGAUCAUUGCAUCGUUUCUGAGAUAAAAUAAGUACAUUAUUAUCGAUAUUUAUGUUCAACUAAGCAUCUUUUUGCACUGAUAUGUUUUUGUUUCGGAAAUAAAUUCUGGUUGUCUGAUCAUAUCGAUAAUGCACAUUUAUAUCCUGAUUUGGUGACCAAUUUUAACAGAUCUCACAAUAUUUCUGCUGUCAACUGCAUUCAAAAUUUCCAAAAGUUUGGUUAGCUUGAAUCUCAGAUACUUGAAGUUGGAAUAAUCCGGUUCGUAUCCUUAUGAAAGUUAAAUAAUUUCAUUGUGAUCAUUGCAUUUUAGUUUGUCCUUUUGUUCAUUAAUUGCCGUUACUUUUGUAUUGGUUAGUUAAUUGUUUAAUUAUAAGUUAGAUUUAAAUUUAUCU